AUGGAUUCCGGGUCGGGUUUGGAUCCGGAUAAUGGUAAUAAGGGGAAAGGGAGUGGUAAUGGCGACAGAAAGUUCGGUGCUUUCUUAAAGAGGGUAGAACCAUUUCUACCGAAAAAGGAUUUGAACCCGAGAGACCUAAGAUCCUGGGCCAAGAAGACUGGGUUUGUCUCCGAUUACUCCGGCGAAACCAGCACGAGUACUCGUACCAAGUUCAGUGAGAGCUCAGGGUUUGAUUUGCCAAAAGGCAGAGCUCAACUAGGUCAAGGGUCGUCUCGUAAAACCGAGAUCGACCCGAUUCUGGGAGACGUAACCGGAUCUGAUUCCGGGUCAAAAACGGGCCUUGGAGAGGAAGAGAGAGGACGACUGAACCGGAAUGAGGAUCGAGACGCGGCUGAGACUUCGUCGGAGAAUGAAGGCGGGAAAAUCAGUAAGGAUUUGGAAAAUGGGUUUUACUAUCCAGGCGGUGGAGAAGCAGAAGAUGGAGAAUGGCCUAAACCCAUUGUAAUGAAGUAUGGUCUUAGAGAUAAUCCUGGUUUCGUUCCACUUUUCUAUUAUGGUUUGCAACAUUAUAUGUCACUUGCUGGCUCACUUGUGCUUAUACCUCUAGUCAUUGUACCAGCCAUGGAUGGUUCCGAUAAAGAUACCGCCGCAGUGAUUUCAACAAUGCUGCUUCUUACCGGAGUUACAACCAUACUUCACUCUUGUCUCGGUACUCGUCUUCCCUUGGUUCAAGGAAGCUCCUUUGUUUACUUGGCCCCUACUUUGGUUGUCACCAACUCGGACAAGUUCAGGAACCUCACCGAGCAUAAAUUUCGAGACAUAAUGAGAGAAUUACAGGGGGCUAUAAUAGUUGGUUCAUUGUUCCAGUGCGUAUUAGGAUUCAGUGGUCUCAUGUCUAUCCUUCUUAGAUUUAUAAGUCCUGUCGUAGUAGCUCCAACAGUAGCUGCAGUAGGACUAGCAUUCUUCAGCUAUGGAUUUCCACAAGCCGGCACUUGUGUUGAGAUCAGCAUUCCCGUAAUACUCUUGCUUCUCGUUUUCACAUUGUAUCUUCGUGGAGUUUCACUCUUUGGGCAUCGGUUAUUCCGAAUUUACGCGGUGCCUCUGAGUGCUCUCAUCGUAUGGACAUAUGCAUUCUUUUUAACUCUUGGUGGGGCUUAUGACUACAGAGGCUGCAACGCCGACAUACCAAGCUCUAACAUCUUGAUAGACGAAUGUAAGAAGCACGCCUACACUAUGAAACAUUGCAGAACAGAUGCUUCAAAUGCUUGGGAAACUGCUCCUUGGGUCAGAAUCCCUUAUCCAUUUCAAUGGGGACUUCCGGUUUUUCACAUGAGGACUUGUAUCAUUAUGAUCUUUGUGUCAAUGGUUGCAUCAGUGGAUUCGGUUGGAACUUAUCAUUCUACAUCUCUGUUAGUGAAUGCUAAGCGACCUACACGAGGAAUUGUAAGUAGAGGUGUUGCAUUAGAAGGCUUUUGCAGUUUAUUGGCUGGGAUUUGGGGUUCAGGCACCGGAUCAACCACUUUAACCGAGAAUAUUCAUACAAUCAACAUCACCAAGGUGGCUAGCCGAAGAGCUUUGGUGAUCGGAGCUAUGUUCUUGAUAGUGUUUUCAUUUGUGGGAAAACUAGGCGCGGUUCUUGCUUCAAUACCACAGGCUUUGGCAGCUUCGGUGUUAUGCUUCAUAUGGGCACUUACAGUGGCUCUAGGUCUAUCGAAUCUUCGGUAUACACAAAGUGCGAGCUUUAGGAACAUAACCAUAGUUGGAGUAUCAUUGUUUCUUGGAUUAUCCAUCCCUGCUUAUCUCCAGCAGUACCAGCCGCUAAACACUCUAAUACUACCGAGCUAUUACCUGCCCUUUGGAGCCGCCUCAAGCGGACCAUUUCAAACGGGGAUCGAGCAACUGGAUUUCGCGAUGAACGCUGUGCUGUCUCUGAAUAUGGUUGUAACCUUUCUACUGGCUUUCGUACUGGACAACACCGUACCUGGUAGUAAAGAAGAGCGGGGAGUAUAUCAGUGGUCACGAGCCGAGGACAUGGAGGUGGACCCUGAAAUGCAAGCUGAUUACUCAUUGCCAAAAAGAGUUGCUCAGAUUUUCGGUUGCAGAUGCUGCUAG